AUGCUAGAACGGCUCAACGGCGGCAGCCCGACUUCAGACGUGCCGGCGAUGCCUACAGCACAAACCCCGCUGCGCGAUUCUUGUCUGUCUGCACAGCAAGCGACUCGAGCAGAUGCAUCAGACGUCCACCUACCCAAGCUAGCGCAUACGAGCGCAGGAAAUCUUCUCGCGCUCACUAGCCGUCUGCGUCUGCACUUGCCAAGCGAACUCUAGGCAACUCACAGCAUUCUAUCACUCUCGCAGCUCAGCUCCACGUUGAGCUCGGCGUUGGCUCGGCUCACCAAGCAGGUGGCAGAUGCGCCAUUUGCCUCCGGCUUCGACGCCAGCGAUUGA